AUGGAAGCGCUAUCUAUGAACUUUGUAGUGGCUCCCUCGAUGCACAAGGAUGACUUGGAGCGUCAGAGGACGGGUUCUACCAAGGGCUCUUCUGGUGCUCUACUACAGGGCGACGAUGCUUCCUUUUACGAUGACGACGAAUCAGACGAUGGCGCUUCGGUAGAUUCUGGCUCUGGCGGCUCUGAGUGCGAUUCUGAUGAGGAUGAGGACGAUCACGAUGAGGAGGAGGAGGAGGAGGAAGAAGACGAUGAUGAAUCGUAUUCCUGUUCGUCCGAGGGAUCAAUGGAAGAGCAUCAGGGGACGUUCAUGAUGGGACAACAAUACUUUGCGGGCACUUCUUCUGGAAACAACCCCAACUGCUUUUCGGACAGUUUCGUGACUGAUGGAGAGGCUUCCGAGAGCGCAGAGGACCCUCUCACCAUGGAGGAUGGCAAUUCCAAUCACACGCACGCCAGUUUACAACACAAAUACUGCAGCAGCAACAACAGAUCAUGA